AUAAAGGGGUACGAGUGUGUGACUUUCAUGUCUCAGCCAACAUGAGAGGAUCACGCUUGGCUCUGCUGGCCGUCCUGGCGGCGGUGUACGAGGUGGUGUGCGGCGGGGUGCUGGGCAGUAUUGAGAGGCAAGAGACGGGGUCGCAGUGUGGGGACACACUCUUCCUCGACUUCUCUAGUGGAUGGCCGGAGGUCCAGUGUUCUUCCUCGUGUUCUGAUGUGCACACAUGGGCCGCCGGACCGGUAUUCAGACGUGAGCCCCGUCUGGAGCAGUAUGGCUUGAUGGUCAGGCAGGAGUACAGCGAGAACGGCGCGGUGACGUGCUCACUUGUCGACGAUAUCUCUGAUUCUGGUGCCCUACAGUCCUCUCUCCAAGCUGAGGCUUGUUCCUCAGUGACUUCUUUCACCACCACCAUCACCACCGCUGGCACUGGAGGUCCCUCUGGUGUGACAGAUGUCACCACCACCACAGGCACUGGAGGUCCUUCUGGUGUGACAGAUGUCACCACCACCACCACCACAGGCACUGUAGGUCCUUCUGGUGUGACAGAUAUCACCACCACCACAGGCACUGGAGGUCCUUCUGGUGUGACAGAUGUCACCACCACCACCACCACAGGCACUGGAGGUCCUUCUGGUGUGACAGAUGUCACUACCACCACAGGCACUGGAGGUCCUUCUGGUGUGACAGAUGUCACCACCACCACCACCACAGGCACUGGAGGUCCUUCUGGUGUGACAGAUGUCACCACCACCACAGGCACUGGAGGUCCUUCUGGUGUGACAGAUGUCACCACCACCACCACCACAGGCACUGGAGGUCCUUCUGGUGUGACAGAUGUCACCACCACCACCACCACAGGCACUGGAGGUCCCUCUGGUGUGACAGAUGUCACCACCACCACCACCACAGGCACUGGAGGUCCUUCUGGUGUGACAGAUGUCACCACCACCACCACCACAGGCACUGGAGGUCCCUCUGGUGUGACAGAUGUCACCACCACCACAGGCACUGGAGGUCCUUCUGGUGUGACAGAUGUUACCACCACCACCACCACAGACACUGGAGGUCCCUCUGGUGUGACAGAUGUCACCACCACCACAGGCACUGGAGGUCCUUCUGGUGUGACAGAUGUCACCACCACCACCACCACAGGCACUGGAGGUCCCUCUGGUGUGACAGAUGUGACCACCACCACCACCACAGGCACUGGAGGUCCCUCUGGUGUGACAGAUGUCACCACCACCACCACCACAGGCACUGGAGGUCCUUCUGGUGUGACAGAUGUUACCACCACCACCACCACAGGCACUGGAGGUCCCUCUGGUGUGACAGAUGUCACCACCACCACAGGCACUGGAGGUCCCUCAGACGUGACAGAUGUCACCACCACCACCACUGGCACUGGAGGUCCCUCUGGUGUGACAGAUGUCACCACCACCACCGCUGGCACUGGAGGUCCCUCUGGUGUGACAGAUGUCACCACCACCACCGCUGGCACUGGAGGUCCCUCUGGUGUGACAGAUGUCACCACCACUACCGUUGGCACUGGAGGUCCCUCUGGCGUGACAGAUGUCACCACCACCCCUGGUACUGGAGGUCCCUCUGACGUGACAGAGACAACAGAAACAACCACCCCUACUACUACAGUAACAGUUCCAGAUUGUGCAGAUAAUAUGGACACCACUGAAUCUGUCAGUGACGAAGAACAGAGUUUCCAUGCCACCAACCAACCCACUACUGUAACAACCAUAUCCACUACAAUUCCUCCAGUCACAACCAAAUCCACCAUCCCUCCCACCACAACUACCACUCCUCGCCCCACCCGGGUAUGGUACGAGUGUCCCAGUGGCUUUGUGCUCUAUGACAAUUCCUGCUACCACGUGUCCGAAACUGAAGGCUCGUGGGAGGAAGGACAAAAUUACUGUUCAUCCAAGGGCAGCAAGUAUGUCAGUAUCACCAGCAACAAUGAGUUUGAUUUCGUAAAAGGUCUCAUGAGCAAAGACACGUGGAUCGGCCUAAACGACAAGAAUAACGAAGGAACAUAUGUCUGGGAAUCCGACGGAAGUGUUGCUAGCUUCUUAAAAUUUGCUUCUGGUGAACCAAAUGACCAAGAUUGGCAUAAUAUGUAUGUUGAGGACUGCAUCGAGAUGCGCGAAAACAAAGAUUUCCUGUGGAACGACGAGAGUUGUGGGUCUUCAAGAAGGUUUGCUUGUGAAGUGAGUGCAACCAUGCAUCGAGGAUAAGUCAGUAUGAGCACUACUCAGGCACCCUUUGACGUAGAACAGAAAAGGAAAUGGAAUGGAUAUUCUAAUAUGAAAAUACAGCAGGUGCGAACCACAUGAAGGGAAACCCGAGGGAACAACACUUCGAGGUCUUUAGCUUGUCAACAUUGUACAAAAAGAAAACCUUUAUGUAAAAUACAAGAUCGCAAUCAGAAGAAUGUGAAACCGU